UGUGCUCUACUCUGUGCUUAAUAACACCCACACGGCGCCAUUCCCUCUUCCCAUCUCUCUCUCUUACUCGUCUAGAUCUCCACCUCUCUCCGCCCCGCCGCCGCCAUUGCCACAAUGUCACAGCCGCGGCCGUCACUGACCACAGCUCUCCUCCUCACCCUCUCUCUCCUCCUCCUUACCUCCACCACCUCUAACGCCCACAACAUCACACGCAUACUCGCCAAACACCCUUCCUUCUCCACCUUCAACCACUAUCUCACAGUCACUCAUCUCGCUGCAGAAAUCAACCGUCGCCAAACUAUUACUGUGCUCGCCCUUGACAAUGCUGCCAUGUCGUCCUUGUUAUCUAAAGGACUCUCUGUUUACACUUUAAGAAACGUGCUUUCUCUUCAUGUUCUCGUUGAUUACUUCGGCGCCAAGAAACUUCACCAGAUUACUGAUGGUAGUACCUUGACUUCUUCCAUGUUUCAAGCUACUGGUGCUGCUGCUGGCACUUCUGGUUACGUCAAUAUUACUGAUCUUAAAGGCGGUAAAGUCGCGUUUGGUGCUGAAGAUAAUGAUGGCAAACUCGAUGCUAUGUAUGUUAAAUCACUUGAAGAAAUUCCAUAUAACAUUUCCAUUUUGCAAAUCAGUGAGGCUCUGAAUUCAGCUGAAGCUGAAGCACCGACAGCGGCGCCAUCGUUAAAUCUGACGGAAAUCAUGUCGAAGCAAGGCUGCAAAGCCUUCACAGAUUUGUUGAAAGCGUCAGGAGCUCAAUCUACAUUUGAAGAAACUGUUGACGGAGGGCUAACGGUGUUUUGCCCCACCGACCCUAUCAUUAAGGGCUUUAUGCCAAAGUACAAGAACUUAACGGCUGCACAAAAAGUUUCGUUACUGUUAUAUCACGGAGUUCCUGUGUACCAGUCGUUACAGAUGUUGAAAUCAAAUAACGGAAUCAUGAACACGUUAGCUACAGACGGUGCUAAUAAGUAUGAUUUCACGGUGCAAGAUGACGGCGAGGAUAUAAAGCUGGAAACUAAAGUUGUGACGGCAACGAUAACGGGGACAGUAAAAGAUGAGGAGCCAUUGGUUGUUUAUAAGAUUGAUAAAGUAUUGUUGCCUAGGGAAUUGUUCAAGGGGGCACCGGAGCCGGAGUCGGCACCGGCACCAAAGUCAGCGAAGAAGAAGACGACCAAAAAGGGAAAGGAGGAGGCGGACGCACCAGAAGCUGAUGCACCGACAGAUGAUUAUUCGGAGGAUGCAACGGCGGAUGAUGAUAACAACGGAGUCAGUAAAAUGGAGGGUGGGAGAUUAGUUAUGGCGUUGAUGAGCUUGUGUUUAGGAGUGGUAUUAUUUAUUUAAUCUCAAUACAAGUAUGAUUUGUAAUUUUAAAUUUCAGUGUAUGGAUUGCACAUGGGGUUUGAUACAUUUGAUUCUGUGAAUUAUACUCUUUUGUAGAAAAAGAAAAAACAAAUAAUGGGCCCCACUUGUUUGGGAUUUUCUUUUUUUC